GAUGCUUGUCGUCGCCAGCAUUGGCUGUUGUAUAUAAAUUUUGACAAAAGAAAGACUUCGGUUUAAACCAAUUUUGGCAAGGCGGCGGCCAUAAGGUGAUGACCACUCGACGCGACGACAUGGCAUGGAUUAGCUGCCGUUCCCAUCUGCUGGUACCUCUGAUCUCAGUGGCGCUAAUACCCCUGGUCGCGGGAUUUGGCAACGAGUAUGUCCACAUCAAGGUGCACGUGCCCAAGGAGGAGUCGGCGCCGGAGGAGCCGCCGCACAAGGUGAUUCACCAUUACCACCACCAUCCCCAUCCGCAUCAGUUACAUAGGAGCCGGGGACGAGCCCGUCCUAAGCCCAGUCCCCUGCUUGAGAGCGUAAUCCUCUCGGAUCUGGACAAACCGCUGCACAUGAGCGAGCAUGCGGACUAUCUGAAUCACGCCAAGGAGCUGGCCGACCAUCUCACAGAGACGUACGCCAGGAAGGCAGCUCCACCUCCACCACCGCCGCCCAAGAAGAAGGUCAACACCUAUACGAUCAUUGAGGAGCAGCACAGGCCACAUGGUUACGACUACGAGGAUCACCAUGAGCCCAGUGUGGAGACGUAUCGAGUGAUUGAGUCGCGACCCAAGCAGCAGCACCAUCAUCAUACUCACCACCAUCCGUUGGAGGAGGAGGAGGUGGACGAGGAUUUUGGAUAUCACUAUCCGAGCGGGGGAAAGCAUCAUCAUCAUCAUCAUCAGACUGGCGCCUAUGCGGAACCCGCACCCGUGGAGGAGCACGUCGACCAGGAGCCGGAUACGGGCUAUAAGUACUCGCCACCUAGUCACGCCUACAUCCCGUCCAGCCACGGUCAAGCCCAGCGGAACUCCAAGCAAUCUAGGCCACCAGCCUACACCCUCGAAGCUCCACAGGAAUCCUCCUUUGGAUACGAUUACUCGCGACCCUCGGCCGGGAGUAGCACUGACUUCCGGCCAUCCGUCCAGGUGCCAUCCAGUGACCCGUACGGCGAGGAGGAACCGGCGGACACCUAUGGACCACCGGUCACGACCACAAGGCGUCGCCGGCCAUCGCAGUCCCUGGUGGAUUGGCCCGAGUCCAAGGGAUUCAACAGUGCCGCGUCGGAAACAUACAGUGGCGUCGAUAGCUACAAUGUGGGUCAUGUGCAGGGCUACGGAUCCAGUGGUUACCAGUACAGUGGGCCCUAUCUGUAGGUGUACCAGCACCCCGCCUAAUCUAAGAUCUAUUUAUUGCAUUUUUUUUCGUAGCUUCGUAAGUUGAUAGUAUCAGUUUUAAGAUUUAAGCGAUAAAUAAAGAAAUGUUUGUA